UUUCUACUUGCAUUUUUACGUGCUUUCAAACUGCUAGAUUAAUUAUGCUUAUGGAAUAAAAGGAGCAGUUAUUGAUGAGCAAAAUAGUGGACCAGAAGACAGGCAGACUGGAACGCAUCAGCUGCCGGGGAAACCCCUGGCCGAACUGGAAGCAUGGAGGAGGGGAUUAAUGGAAAGAUGAACCAGGCCCAUAUCCUAUUUGACCGAUUUGUCCAAGCUUCCACUUGCAAAGGGACUCUGAAAGCCUUUCAAGAGCUCUGUGAUUAUUUGGAGCUGAAGCCCAAGGAUUACCGUACUUUCUACCACAAGCUCAAAUCCAAGUUGAGUUAUUGGAAAGCUAAAGCUCUUUGGGCCAAGUUGGAUAAGAGGGGCUGCCACAAAGACUAUAAGAAGGGGAAAGUAUGCGCCAACACGAAGUGUCUCAUUAUUGGGGCUGGACCCUGUGGCCUUCGGACAGCCAUUGAUCUCUCCUUUUUAGGAGCAAAGGUGGUGGUGAUAGAAAAGCGUGAUGCCUUCUCCCGCAACAAUGUUCUGCAUCUGUGGCCGUUCACCAUUCAUGACUUGAGAGGUCUCGGCGCCAAAAAGUUCUACGGCAAAUUUUGUGCAGGAGCCAUCGACCAUAUCAGUAUUCGUCAGCUUCAGCUGAUACUCUUGAAGGUCUCCUUAAUUCUUGGUAUUGAGAUCCAUGUCAAUGUUGAAUUUCAGGGUCUUCUCUGCCCUCCUGAGGACCAGGAGAAUGAGAGGAUAGGUUGGCGUGCACAAGUCCAUCCAAAAACACAUCCUGUGUCGGAGUACGAGUUUGAUGUGAUAAUUGGAGGGGAUGGAAGGCGAAAUACUUUGGAAGGGUUUCGGCGAAAAGAGUUUCGU